GCCGUUCCCCCGGACCUGUCAUCCCGGCAGUACCUCGUCUCCGGCUCUGUCCAGCAGUACCCCGGUGAUGCUGGCGCCGGGAAUUCCCGUUCCUCAGUACAUCUCCAGCAUGCAUCCCGAGCAAUCUGUUAUCAUGCCCCCUCACAGCGUAACACAGACUGUGUCCCUGGGCCAUCUGUCCCAGGGUGAGGUGAGGAUGAACACCCCUCCUCUCUCCGGCAUCCCGUACGGAAUCCGCCCAGAAGCGCUCCACUCGCCCCGUGCUGCUCUGCAGCCCCAGAUGGAGAUCAAACCUCAGCGAUCCAGCACGCCCCAGCCAGCCCCCAUCCGGGACAUUGUCAUGCCUCCGCUGUCCUCCCAGCACCCCCCCGAGGAGGAGCUGCACUUCCACCACUCGGCCGUGUGCCGGGGCCCGGCGCCGGUGCAGUCGGACGUGCUGGUGAUGCAGCCGGAUUACCGCAUGCACCCCACCAGCAUCCGGCUGGACCAGUACAACGUGCCCCGGGACGUCAGGAUGAUCAUGCACCCGCACAUGGCUGCCGUGGGCGAGCACCACUCGGAAACGCGGCAGUCCCGGACGCCCGAAGGGGCCGGGAAAACUCCCCCCGUCAGUAAGACCCCGCAGCCCGGGAAAGAGACUCCCAAAUCCUCCGAAGGCAAGGUGGCCCACUCUCCUCACAGCGAGCCCCGGCUCCUGAGCGUGCCCUCGGGCACCCAACUGCCUGGGCUGCCCCUGACGCAGCCGGUGGUGGUCCCACAUGGAGUGCAGAUCAUGCAUCCCGCCGGCAGCUCCUUCCACGACUACCGCUCCGUGUACGGCGACAUGAGGAAUUACCACACGGCGGCACAGCUCGGGCACCCGCAGUUCCCCGGCGCCUCGCCCAUCGGGCUGCCCUCCCGCAGCAUGACCCCCUCUCAGGGUCUGCCGGAGGGCGAGCACUCGCACCCCAGCCAGCCAGUCCGCAGCAAGACUCCUCAGAUCCCCCAGGAUCCCAAGGGCCCUCCGGCAGCGGGGCCGGAGCAGAGUCACCACCCUGCCGUGAACAGACACGCGGCACAGAUGGACCCUCACGUCCACCUCCAGAGGGCCCAGGGGGACACGGGCCAGACCUCCUACCCCUCACCUGUCGCCGUCUCCAUGAAACAGGAGCUUCCGUCGCCGCACCAGCCCCAGGCGGUUCCCAAGCAAUCCAUGUUUAUCCCCACGACGUCGGGGCCUCCCCUGAGCCGCCCGGAGCCCCAGGCCGGGCUCAAACAGGAGCCGUCGCCUCACCCCGUGUCGCAGAGACCUGUGGACAUGGUCCAGCUCCUCACAAAAUACCCCAUUGUCUGGCAGGGCCUCUUGGCCCUCAAGAACGACACGGCCGCUGUCCAGCUCCACUUUGUGUCCGGGAACAACGUCCUGGCUCACCGGUCGCUGCCGGCGCCCGAGGGGGGGCCCCCGCUGCGGAUCGCGCAGCGCAUGCGGCUCGAGGCCUCCCAGCUCGAGGGGGUCGCACGGAGGAUGAUGGUGGAGAGCGAUUACUGCCUGCUGCUGGCCCUGCCCUGCGGCCGCGACCAGGAGGACGUGGUCAGUCAGACCGAGUCACUCAAGGCUGCCUUCAUCAGUUACCUGCAGGCCAAACAGGCUGCAGGGAUCAUCAACGUCCCCAACCCCGGCUCCAACCAGCCUGCCUACGUUCUGCAGAUCUUCCCACCCUGCGAAUUUUCGGAAAGCCACCUGUCCCGCCUCGCCCCGGACCUCCUCGCCAGCAUCUCCAACAUCUCUCCUCACCUCAUGAUUGUCAUCGCGUCGGUAUGAGCUGUUUACCAGUUACUGACUUUUUAUUAUUUUAAUUUUUUAUUUUUAUUUUUAUUUUUUAAUUUUUAUCCAAGGCCCUGCAGCAAAAAAAAAAAAAAAAUUACCAAAAAGAAAAAAAAAAAAACAAACAGCCCACAACAACAACAAAAAAAAUUUAAUUUUCAAAUCAAAACUAAAUCAAAAGAAGGAGAGAGAAGGUUAUGAAACAAGAAAAAUGCUGCCAGAAACCAGCCUCCUGCCCGACCGGCCUCGAUCAAACCGUAUGUUUACAUGUUGCUUUAGCUUAUGGACAACUGAUGCACUCAGCAGGUGGACUGGGCUUGGGUUCCUGUGCCUCCUUUUUGGGGAAAAAAUACAAAAAAACCCACGAAAAAAACCACAAAAAAAAAAAAGAA